AUGGUUGAAGAGCUCAGGGUGGAUACAGUGGCACAGCUGAUGUUGUGGAAGUGGGACAAUGAGAGGCCACUCAAGCGGCUGCGAUCGUGUGUUGCAGCUAGGCAGCUUUUCAAGUUGCCAACCCUGGACAAUUUGACAGUGCAAGGUGAGUACCAGAGGCUGACAAAGACUAGUGUCCUUUGUGUUCUCGAGAUGCACACGAAGCGGAAACAUAAGAAGUACAAGGAGGACCCUCCUGACAUUAGGUCACAGAGGUUCGAGAUGCUUCGCACGAAGUAUUCUUUGCUGUUGGCCCAGGUGAUGAUCAAUGCAGAUUUGCCGGUGGUUUCACUCAUCAAUUCUCUUGAGGACCCGAAAGCAAGUUGGGUCCACCUUUUUGCAGCGAGGAGGGGGAACACACUGAAGAACAGGUAUAAAGUUUGGAAACCAUUCGAACGUUGGCUGGAGACGCACCGUAGCUGUCUUUUCCCACGGGAUGUCAAGGAUGCUAUCGACUAUUUACAGCACAGGGUCAAUGAGGGUUGUGGGAAGACCAUCCCAGAAUCUCUGGCGACGACCCUUGGGAUGCUUGAACAAUUGGGCAGAGUGAUCGAAGGGAACAGGAUUUCAGAUGAUCCAGUGUGGAAAGGGCACAUCAAAUCUUGGGCAGCUGAACUUGCGUCGGAGUCGGCGCCACGGAAACCGGCUGAGAUGUACACAGUUGCAAUGGUGAUUUCACUUGAGCUCACUGUGGUGGAGAAUCAUCUCCCCGCCUUUCAACGGGCAUUGGCAUGGGUUGUGCUUUGCAUGGUGUGGGGAGCGAUGAGGUGCGAUGACGUGCAAGCUGUUUUGCCACAUCGCAGCUCACUUUCAAACUAUGGGUUGCGUCUGGUGCUUGGGAAAACGAAGACAACAGGGCCAGACAAAAUGCAGAAAGAAGUUGCGGCAUUUGUGUACCGCACCAUUUCGCUUUCUGGAGAGGAUUGGCUGCGUGCAGGCUUUGAAAUUUGGGAGUCUGAUGAGUUCAGGUUCAGAAGGGACUACUUGGUGAUGGAGCCAACUUCGGACUGGAGGAAGGUCAGGCGGAAGUUCUUGACACCGGCUGGCCUCAGCUCGGAGAUUUCAAAGCUGCUGAGCAUGUUGGCAGUUCCUCGCCGAGUGGCACUUGGAUGGGAGCUCAUGCCACAUGCUUUGCUUCUUCCAGAUGGAUUGGAGACGUUCUUCAGCGGCCACAGCCCCAGGAAUUUUCUUACUUCCAUUGCAGCUGCAAUUGGCUUUUCAAGGGAUGAGCGUGCAUUUCUUGGUAGGUGGACCAUGGGCAUGACUUCGUCUGAAGAGUAUGUAAGAACCUCUAGACAGGUUGUGCACAAAAUCCAGCGUGCAGUGAACCGCAGCUUGGUUGAAGGGUUCGAGGAGCCUUACUUCGAAGAUGAGGCCAUCCAGAAACUGUGUGACACUGCAGAGGCCGCAGGAGCUAAUCCAAACAGAAUCAAGAAACGACAUGCAGUUUUGUCAAACUGGUCAGGUCGCAACUCGCUCGGUGGAAUUUUUCCCACCCUUGAGGUUUUUGAUGACGAUGUGCAGGACCAAGAUGAGUCUCAGGAAGCACAGGCGGCGCUGGCAGAGUCUGUGGCUAAGAUUUGUGAGAAAGAUGCAGCCGUUGCAGAAAAGGUCACAAAAUAUUUCAUCACCAUUUCGAGAAGAUCUGCGUUGAGACGUCUUCAUUUGACAGGUUGUUUUGUGAAGCCUGACAGGGACAAUGUGGACGCGGACAUGCAGUUCAUUUUGGGGGAAUCUGGUGUUAGCCUGGAGAACCAGGUUGCAAUUGGCAGACAUUAUGGUACGUUGCGUAAGUUCAGUGCAUUAGGGGAUGAUAGAGCAUCUAUACGCACUGCCUGCUUGCAAGACUUUGCCAUUCCAGGCGAUACACCUGCCAGCCGUGCUCAAACGGCGUCGGUGGUUGCAGCUUGGGAGACUGCCAAGGAGUACAUGGCGAAGGAGAUCGAGUUGAAAGCUGAAGCAAAGGUACUAGGCCAGCCCAGAGUGCUUCAGAUACAUGAGAGGCAGGCAAUGCUGAGGGCAGUGGAAGCCAUUCAUGGACAGCUCAACGAUUCAGAGUGUCCGUCAUCGGACUAUUUGUCCCUGAAGGCGGAGGAGACUGAGUGCAAUGAACCUUCUGCUGCACCGUUGGACGAGAUCUUGAGCAAGCAAGCUUCAUCCAACUCGCAGAUACAAUCAGCAGUUGACAAUACGGGCCACAUCAGGGUCACCAGGACAAAGACAAAGGCGAAGAUGCCGGUGUCAACAGAAGAGUACAGAAAAAUCAUGAAAGUUGAAAUGUAUGCCUGGUUGGCAAUGUCAUCUCGUUACAAAGCCAAGCACUGGCUACAUGGACUGACGGCGGCUCCAUUUCAAAGAUUUACAGAAUACAUCUUGGGGGAUCGAGUUUACGGUAUACAGAUACCGGCUGCCUCUUCCGAAGCUACAGCUCAGCGGGUCAAACCUGACUGGUCCAUCGUGCUGGCAUAUGAGCACAAGCUCAGGAAGGAAGCCAUGAAGUUAGUUUUGGCAGGGCACUCCCUUUCUGAUGCCCUGGAAUCGGUGAUCAAGAACCCCGACCUCAAAGAAGCCUAUUUCACAACUCCUAUGGCACUACGUGCUUCGAUGCCAGAUGUGCAGCCAAACAAGUUUCCGCGCUACAACAACAAGGGCGGGUUUGGAUCCUUUGGUGGAAAGCAGUCGUCAUUUCAGAAGGGCAAAGGAAAGGGGUUCAAAGGGAAGACAAAAGGAAAGGCUGGUGACCCAAGAUUGAAAGGGUUGAGUUUGGCUUGGAGGAUGGGCGUGAGUUGUGUUUUGCAUGGAAUACUGGUGAUUGUGAUGGAAGUUGCGGAAGAGUACAUCAGUGCAGAGUCAAAGCCAGAAGUGGCAGCUUCUCCCAGCAAAGCUGCACAACCUUCUGGAGACAAUGAGAAGCCAGUUCUCAAGGUAAUGUACCUUUUUGCAGGGCAUCAACGCCACUCCGACAUAGGCUCAUUCUUGAAGAAAGCUGCUGAAUCGGGUAGUUUCAAAUUGGAGUUGAUGGAAUUCGACAUUGAACGUUCACCUGAACAUGAUUUGACAGAUGAAAGUCUGUGGGGGCGCAUUUUCAGUCUUCUUAAGGAAGGCGAUUGGGUGCUCAUUGUGUCACCACCUUGCAAUACAUUCAGCAGAGCACGUUUCCAGUUGCAACACCCAGGGCCAACACCGUUGCGAACUCAGAUAUGGCCCAGAGGAUUUCCUUGGCUCAACAACCGUGACAAACUCAAAGUUGAAGAGGCUAAUUUAUUUGUUGAUCGUUGUUUGGCAGCAUGUGAGUGCACCGCAGAAUCUGGAGGUAUAUUUUUACUUGAACAUCCAGAGGACCUUGGGACAGUGCGUGGCGAGAGGCCGGGGUCAAUCUGGCAGUGGCCAGAAUUGUUAGAGCUCAUCCCCAAGUUGGGAGCAGUUUCAUUCGCGUUGCAUCAGUGUCAUUUUGGAGCAAGCACUCCGAAACCAACAAGAUUUUUGACAAACAUGGAAGUCGAUGACAAUAGAUGUUUUUGCGCUUUGCCAAAGUUUGACAAAUUUGGUAACUACAAAGGUCCACUCCCCAGACAUUGUGGACAUGAACAGACUGUGAAAUUGAUUGGCAAAACAGGGGCAAAAUGGAAUACGGCUCCAAGUGCUUCAUAUCCUCCGUUGUUGUGUCAAUUUCUGGCUGGACUCAUCCUUCAUGCCAAGGCAUCCUGCGGUAGGGGGUAUAAGGAUGCGUCAUUGCUGGGGCCCUCAAAAAGAAGGAAGUUCCUUCCGUCAGCAAUUACAGAUUCAAUGGAGCAAGUUACACAUUCAGUGGCAGAUGCGUCAUCAGUGGCGCAAGUUGCUAGUUCCACGGCAGAUGCAUCAACAAUUGUGGUGGAUAGCAGUGAUGAAGGUGGUUCACAGGUUCAGGAUUCUGGUAAAGAAGUUGAAGCGGUUUCUAAUCAGACAAUUUGCGAAGAAGUGGAAGAGUUUGACAUGUCAGCUUGUGGGAAUACAGGCGCUCCAAUCAGUGUGGAGUGGGAUCGCGUGCACAGGGGUUUCAUUGAUGGAUUUGGCCUUUGCAGCCCUUGCAGGUGGAAACCGUCCAAGAGGGGUGGUAAGCGCACUGCGGACAUGUUGAAACUGGCAGAAGACACUUUUCAGAUCCUGGCGGAAGCUGUACAAGGGGAGAUCCAAGAUAUCAGGCUGGAAGCAUUUAAACUUGUUACUGGCAAGCUUGAAGGUUCACCUUUUUCUGAUUCAUGUUUACAGCGGGUGAGAUCAAAAUGGUUUGGGUUGUUGGAUGAUCCGACAGAUGCAGCAGUGGUGGAUGAAGGUCAGCCCUUCUACUUGAGGGCCUUAUCACAGUGGCUCAAGCGUUUUGGGGAUCCGGAUGCACACUGGUUGAUUGAUGUCGAAGAUUCUUUUGCAACGGGGGUUUACGUUGGAACAGACAAGCCCCUGCCCCGGUCUCCACAGAUCUUUCCGCCCAAGCUCAAGCACAAGAAGCUCGAUGAUACAGAGUUCUUGCCGAUAGCAGAGAAUUAUGUUUCAGCACAGGUUUCUUCCAAAGAACUGGAAGACAAGUUCUGUGAAGAAGAAAGACUUGGGCGCAUGCACCCUUCCAAGUUGGGAGUAUUACAACAAGAAUACGGGGACACCCUGAGGGUAGCAGCCAUGGCUGCAAUCUUGAAGCCGGACGGCACAGUCAGGCCGUUGCAUGACGCUACGCACUCUGUGAUGGUGAACCACAGCAUCGUUUACAAGGAUAAGAUUGAAUGCCCUGGCCCUCCUGAAAUAGCAUCCAUCGUUCGUGAAGCCACGGGUACUGGCGAAGCUCCUUUCUGUGUUAGCGCUGACAUCAAGGCGGCACACAGGCUUGUUAAAAUUCGGAAACGGGAUUGGGGCCUUCUUUGUUGCAGAGCAGAUUCUGGGUCCAGUACGGUAUGGGUCAAUCAUACAGGCACUUUUGGUGUGGCAAGCGCACCAUACUGGUGGGCAAAACUUGCGGGGCUUCUUGGGAGGUUUGUUGGGUACCUCUUCAAUCAGCGUUGGAUGAUGCAGAUGAUUUAUGUGGAUGACUUGCAUGGAUCAUUUGUGGGAAUGCAGAAGUUUCUGCACCUUUGGGUCUGGGUGCUGGCCUAUGAGAUGAUAGGUACGCCCUUUGGGUAUCACAAGUUCAAGGGUGGCUACGCAUCUGACUUUGUUGGUUACCACAUCAGGUACGAUUUAUCCCAAGUUGGGAUUUCUGUAAGAAGGGGCGACUGGCUAUUACAAUGGAUAGCGAAAGUGAGGGCCAAUUCCUAUGUGGUCCCAGCUAGGGAGUUUGCGGAGUUUUUGGGGCGGCUUGGUUUCAUCUCUCAACUGAUCACGUGGGUAAAACCACACCUGGCUCCUUUGUUUGCAUGGUCGGCGGUGACGGCGAAAGGAACUGUGGGAAGACUCCCUGAAACUAUAAUUUUGACUUUGAGGUACAUUGAGGUUGAACUUGCAACAGGAACUUACAUGGUUUCAACUCACAGGCCUAAGGUCAUCGCUGGUGAGAGGUUUCGCACAGAUGCGAAGUGUGCGGAUGGAUACAUUGUGUUAGCAGGCUGGGAGCUUGACACUAAGAGGUGGUACAGUCUUCGCAUUGGGCCGACAGAGGCCCCCUUUCUUUUCAAACCUGGGGGGGCUUCGCAAUGGGCCUCCACAUCUGCUGAGCUGCUUGCCACGCUGUUGGCGUUGCAUGCGUUUGGAUGGCUGGUUGAGAACAAGGACAGGAAGUCCCUUGAAGCUUUGAUGUUUGCGGGCACAGAUAAUUUGGCCAAUGAGGCCCUUUCUGCGAAACGAUCUACAACAAAGUGGCCAUUGAUGGCAGUGAACAUGCAAUUGUCGGCAUCUCUCUCGAAGGCGAGAUUGUCGCUAGGAUUGAAGUGGCGCCCGAGAGAGGAGAACACUGAGGCUGACAGUUUAACCAAUGAAAUUUUCACAGGUUUUGAGGAGAGUGCACGGAUAAGGUUGAAAUGGGAAGACAUUGAAUUGGAUGUUCUUAAUGCGCUGGUUCAAACAAGAGCGCAAUUUGAUGCUGCAAGAGAAAGUGCAAGGGAGGCUGCCAAGUUGGAGCCAAAGGGCUCGAAGAAACGAUAUGACAAAUCCCAAUGGUGA